AUGGCUGUCGUGUCCGUCGAUAGUAUCCGUCGAUACUUAAGACACCAUUUCAUCAGUUAUUCAUUCCUCGGGUGUCUUGUGGUGAAAGUGAUGAUCGCUUUCGCGAUGACUAACAACGGGUUGAGUGACCACUACUUGUCGUACAACCGGAUCAGACACUACAACGACAGCUACUUCGUGAUGGCAGACAACGAGUUCACUGUCGAUGUGUCUGACAAUUACGCCAAGAGUUUAGACACAAAGCGAUUAACUCGUCGAUCAAACGACGUGUCAAAGAGUGGCGACAAUCAGUUGCCGUCGUAUUCCUCGUCAGCCAUACAGAAGUCGGACGACAAGUCAGAGCCAACAGAUGGGACGGAAAGGCUUUUGUCUUUGGCCGUCAACCAGAGUCGGUUGCCGUAUGUGAUCGACUGUCGCCGACGACCACUGUUGGGCCAAUACCUGUGUCCGUGGCCUAAGAUGGACGCCGACACACAACAGCCGUCGGGCUGUAACGCUAGUAACGUAGCGCUAGUCAACUGUACGCUCGCCGCGGGUCUCGUCUGCGAGGACACGGGCUUCGGCUGGUUUUGGCUGCCAAUCGAGUGCCGCCACACCAACGGCUACUCCUACGAGACGGCGCUCCUAUUGUCCAUAUUCUUAGGGAUGUUCGGCGCCGACCGCUUCUACUUGGGUUACCCGGCCUUAGGUCUGCUCAAGUUCUGUACCCUCGGCUUCCUAUUCUUAGGCCAAUUGGUGGACAUUUUGCUGAUCGCACUGCAAGUGGUCGGACCCGCAGACGGUUCCCAUUAUGUCAUCAAAUACUUUGGCCCGAAGUUAGACAUCGUUUCGCACAACGACUUAACGGAUAUUAUAUACGAUAACAAUCUGUUUGUCACUUAA